AUGGCAAGCAGCACAGAGAUGGCACUCUUUGAUGUUACAAUGAGCUCAGCAGGUGAUUAUGGCUUGGACAGCAACGACCAUGAUCAUUAUUUCAUACUGAACUCAACGGAUGACUAUGUCUACUAUGACCCUAUUGAAAACGAACCGCUGCCCAUGUCCCAUGUCUACAUUCCUGUGCUAUACUACAUCAUGUUCUUUGCUGGCUUCUCAGGAAACCUGUUUGUCAUUGUGGUUGUAGGCAAUCGGCGUAAGAGAAAUGGCCGACUUGUGGACACCUUUGUACUGAACCUGGCACUUGCUGAUCUUGUGUUUGUCCUCACAUUGCCGCUGUGGGCUAUCGCGGCUGGUCGCCAUGAGUGGCCCUUCGGCGAGCUACUGUGCAAGAUUAGCAGCUUCAUCAUUGCUGUCAACCGCUUUUCCAACAUCAUCUUCCUCACUUGCAUGAGCGUGGACCGCUACCUGGCUGUAGUGCGCCUAAUGGACUCUCAGUUCCUCCGGAGCACCAAGUGUGCGCAGAUCACCUGCGGCAUUGUGUGGAUCGUUUCUUUUCUCCUGGGAAUUCCAUCAUUGGUGUACCGUGGAUUGACAGACGGCACAUUGUGUUCCGAGGAUUCGAAAUCCUUGUUUGUCCAAGGAAUUAAUCUUCUGACGAUAAUUCUAACUUUCCUGCUACCCGUACUGAUUCUAGGCCUCUGUUAUGGGUCAGUUUUGGUAAACCUGCGCCGGCAUAGUUUCGCUGCAGCAAACUCCCGUGCAGAAGCCAGACGACGGCACUCUCUGAAAAUCGUAUUCACCAUAAUUUCAGUCUUUCUAGUCUCCUGGCUUCCUUUCAAUGUGUUUAAGAGUAUGCAAGUAAUCUUACUUCUAAGUGCAGGAGAACUAAAUGAGGAUAAAAGGAUGCUCAUAAAUAGUGGACUCACACUGUCCUGCUGCCUGGCAUUUCUCAACAGUUGUGUAAAUCCAGCCAUCUACUUGUUCCUGGAUCAGCAUUUCAGGCGCAGAGCCUACGUUCUGUGUCUGACCUGCCUGGGUCAAGGAGAUGCGCACCAGAGCUACAUCUCCUCUAAUUCUUUCUCUAACGGCACCUCUGAAACCUACCCUGGAAAUUCGUCUAGCCGUGGACGCCUUUUUUCACUCACUCAAAAGAAGUGAAUUCUGCUUUUUAGUCAGCUCUUUCAAGAAAGCUUGGUCUCUCUAUAAAUGAAACUAUCAAAUGAAACUAACACAUACAGUAUUCAUGAUGUUAUUUCACUUUUAGUAAUAAAAGGCAGUAAUAUGCAUCAAUUAAUCAUAGCAUUGCAUUUAUUAACCAUAGUGAAUUUAAUGUAAAUGUUGCAUGGAAUUUUUGUAUUUUGUAUGUAUUUUAUAUAUACUUUUGAGCAAUG